GUCCCGCGCCUGCGCCGCCCCGGCCGCCAUGUCAGUGGCGGGCGGAAGGAGGCGGCGGCCGUAGUGGGUUUGGUGCGGGGGUUUAGGGUGUAGGCUGUAGGAUGGCCCUUCACCGGCUGCUGCCCAGGGCGCUGCCCACGCUGGCCCGAGAGCUGGCCUGGCCGGGCUGCGGGCGGGCUCUGCACCGGCCGGCCUCGGCCUCGGCACCGCCGGCUCCAGACUUCAAUAGCUUCGUGUCCCGGACCAACACUUGUGGAGAGCUGCGUUCUGCUCACGUGGGACAAGAGGUCACCCUCUAUGGCUGGAUCCAGUAUCAAAGGCAAGGCCUGUUUCUGAUUUUGAGGGACUUCCAGGGACUGACCCAGAUCAUCAUCCCACAGGAUGAGGCACAUUCCCAUGUGAAGAAGCUCUUGUCUAAUGCCCCAGUGGAGUCUGUUGUGCGAGUAACUGGAAUUGUGUCCCCUCGGCCCCCAGGGCAGGAGAAUCCGAAAAUGCCAACAGGGGACAUUGAAGUGCAAGCUGAAACUGCAGAGAUCUUAAACUCCUGCAAGAAACUGCCUUUUGAAAUCAAGGAUUUUACCAAGAAGUCAGAGGCCCUACGGAUGCAGUAUCGCUACUUGGACUUGCGCAGCUCCCAGCUGCAACAGAACCUGCGCCUGCGCUCACAGCUGGUGAUGAGGAUGAGGGACUAUCUCUGUAACCUCCAUGGGUUCGUGGAUGUAGAAACUCCCACACUCUUUAAGAGAACCCCUGGGGGAGCAAAAGAAUUCCUUGUGCCCUCGAGGGAAGCAGGCAAGUUCUACUCUCUGCCACAGAGUCCUCAGCAGUUCAAGCAGCUCCUCAUGAUUGGAGGCCUGGACAGGUACUUUCAGGUUGCUCGCUGCUACCGAGACGAAGGUUCACGGCCUGACAGGCAGCCUGAAUUUACCCAGAUAGAUAUAGAGAUGUCAUUUGUAGAUCAAGCUGGGAUCCAAAGACUGAUAGAGGGCCUCCUGAAGUAUUCUUGGCCGGAGGAGAGAGGCUCCAUUACAACUCCUUUCCCCUCCAUGACGUAUGAGGAGGCACUGGCUGACUAUGGGACUGAUAAACCAGACACUCGUUUUGGGAUGAAGAUAGUGGAUGUCAGUGACUUUUUCCAGAGAUCAGACGUUCAGUUUGUGCAGAAUGCACUCAGUUACCCAUGUGGCACUGUCAAAGCCAUUUGUAUCCCUCAGGGAAUGAGAUACCUUAAAAAUAAAGAUCUGGAAUCAUUAAAGGAGUCUGCAAAGUCCCAGUUUAACCAGGAAAUCAUACCGAUUAUCUGCAGGCCUGAUGGAAGCUUGAAAUCUCUACUCACAAAGUUUCUGGGUGAGAAGCAGCAGUCGGAGCUUAUCCAAGUGCUGAACAUGCAGGUGGAUGAUGUGGUCAUGCUGGCAGCUGGUGAACGCAAGCAAGUGUGCUCUGCAUUAGGAAGCCUACGAUUGGAGAGUGCUGAUCUCCUUGAGGCUGUUGGGCUGGUACUCCGUGAUCCUACAGCUUUUCAUUUUCUGUGGGUGGUGGAUUUCCCCCUUUUCCUCCCAAAGGAAGAGAAUCCAACUGAACUGGAAUCAGCUCAUCACCCUUUUACUGCCCCACAUCCUUCAGAUAUCAACCUUCUCUAUUCUGAUCCCACAAAGGUUCGUAGCCAGCACUAUGACCUUGUGCUGAAUGGCAAUGAAGUUGGAGGUGGUUCCAUCCGAAUUCAUAGUGCAGAGCAACAGCGUUUUGUACUGGAGAAAGUGCUGAAGGAGGAUUCUGAGGUGCUUUCCCAUCUGCUUGAGGCUUUGGAGUUUGGAGCUCCACCUCAUGGAGGAAUUGCUUUAGGACUUGACAGGCUGAUCUCUCUCAUUGUUGAUGCUCCAAGUAUCCGAGAUGUCAUUGCUUUCCCUAAAUCCUUCAGGGGACGAGACCUGAUGGGCAAUGCUCCAGACUAUGUCACUCCAGAAGAAUUAGAGCCGUAUCAUAUCCAGGUUUCCUGGCCCCUCACAGAAAAAGAGGCAAAGAAAAACUGACUUAAAGCCAAUGGUGUCAGCUGAUCUGCUUAAUCAGAGGUGACUACAGCUUCUAAAUACUAGAAGUCAGUUCAGAAAACAUGAACUGUUAUGGGAGGAUGGGGAGUGGUACAACCCCACCAUACUAGGGCAGUUUCAGGAUUGAAUGGGAAGUAGAUUGUGUAAUAGGAAUUCACCUUUGGGUUGGUAAGGGGAAGGAGAAGUAGAAAAGCAAAGAAGAGAAGAGAAUUUUAGUACAGGUAUUGGCAGGAAGAUGGGAUCUAUUUUUCUCCACGCCCCACUGUACAUAUCCUUUGUAAAGUAUUUCUCCUCCCAUCGGGAGGAGAUAGUGUCAGCUGCCCUGGCAGGAUGGCUUAUGAUCAUUGAAUCUGUUAGCUGAGGACUGUUACAACAAAGCAGUCCUGGCCCAAGAGCUCUGGACAUUUCGCAGCAAAACUUCAGUGCAGCCAGCAGCUUGUCUGAUGUUGCAGGGCACAAGAUCAUGCAGAACUUGCCACGGGGAGUUCAUAUUUAGCCAUGUUCCCUCAUCAAGGAGGGUGAGAAGCAUUCACAACACUUGCAACAGUUGUUGUAUUACUGUAAAGAGCUGAUGAUCUGCCUUUGGGGCCUGUGGUCCUGAUGCUUUUCAACACACUGAUUCUGAAGUUUGUAUGUUUGUAAAUAAAGUUUAUCUGUC